CGUGCAUGAGCGCGCGUGUGAUUGGCCGCUGAUCUCUGCGCGUUCACGCUCUAGUUGUGAGAUUUGCGCGCCGCCGUUCGCUGUGAGAAGAGGAGAGGAGAGGAAAGCGAUAGUUGUUACACCGAGGGGCAAAUAACUCAUCGAUUCCGAUGAAUAACUGCCUCCGCUACCCCUGCAGCUGACGCACCGCCCCGAGGAGCGACGCGCGCGAUUCUGUGAGGAGUACGGCUCAGCUUGAGGAAUGGCUCAGCUGGGCUCGGCUCAGACUCAGAGCACUAAUGGAGUGGCGGAUGAGUCUCCCAACAUGCUGGUGUACAGGAAAAUGGAAGAUAUCAUCGCUCGCAUGCAGGACGAAAAGAACGGGAUUCCCAUCCGGACCGUCAAGAGCUUUUUGUCCAAGAUCCCCAGUGUGUUUUCAGGCUCUGAGAUCGUCCAGUGGAUGCAGAAGAACCUGAGCAUUGAGGAUCCAGUGGAGGCUCUUCAUCUGGGAACACUGAUGGCCGCUCACGGUUAUUUCUUCCCCAUAUCGGAUCACGUCCUCAUCCUGAAGGACGACGGGACCUUCUACCGGUUUCAGACGCCGUACUUCUGGCCAUCAAACUGCUGGGAGCCAGAGAACACUGACUAUGCCGUUUACCUCUGUAAGCGAACGAUGCAGAAUAAAGCUCGUCUGGAGUUGGCCGAUUAUGAAGCUGAGAGUUUGGCGAGACUACAGAGAGCUUUUGCACGUAAAUGGGAGUUUAUAUUUAUGCAAGCAGAAGCACAAGCGAAAGUGGACAAAAAACGGGACAAAAUCGAGCGUAAGAUCCUGGACAGUCAGGAGCGGGCAUUCUGGGACGUGCACAGGCCGGUGCCUGGCUGUGUGAACACAACUGAAGCCGACAUAAAGAAAUCCUCACGGAUGAAGCAGCCGCACAAAACACGGAAGUCAGUUUACGGUUUACAGAACGACAUCCGGAGCCUCAGUCCGACUCACACACCAAUACCAGAGGUGAAGGAGCCCACGGAGGACGAGCUGCGGGACCAGAUCCAGCACUGGCACACACAGCUGGACCGACACCGGUUAAAGAUGUCCAAAGUGGCAGAGAGUUUGCUGGGUUACUCAGAACAGUAUGUGGAGUACGACCCGUUCUUCACCACACCGGAGCCGUCCAACCCCUGGAUCUCUGAUGACAUCACUUCCUGGGAGCUGGAGGCCAGUAAAGAGCCCGGGCAGCAGCGGGUGAAGCGCUGGGGAUUCGGGUUCAACGAGGUUCUGAAGGAUCCAGUCGGGAGAGAACAGUUCCUGAAGUUCCUGGAGUCUGAGUUCAGCUCGGAGAACCUGAGGUUCUGGCUGUCGGUGCAGGAGCUGAAGAAGCGGCCCAUCCGGGAGGUUCCCAGCAGAGUUCAGGAGAUCUGGGAAGAGUUCCUCGCUCCGGGAGCGCCCAGUGCCAUCAACGUCGACUCCAAGAGCUACGACAAGACCACGCAGAACGUCAAAGACCCCGGCCGAUACGCUUUCGAAGACGCUCAGGAGCACAUCUAUAAGCUGAUGAAGAGUGACUCGUACAGCCGCUUCAUCAGGUCGAGCGCCUACCAGGAGAUGCUGCAGGCCAAGAAAAAGAAAAGCAAGAAUCUGUUCUAGGAUCUGAAUCCCAGCCGUCCCUGAUCGAGACGCUGUAUAAUCACUCUCCUCUGCCGGGGAUUAUGGGGAUUAUCUGUACAUUACUGUAUCUACGGCUCGUCAUCACGGGGCGUCUCGUUCCUCCACGGGGAUUCAGGAGAGCCAGUCGUCAUCCGCGAGUCUGAGCGCAUUCUUCCGGUGUGUGAACACACAUUCAUCCGCUUCGUCCUUCAUGCAUCUGACCGCUCACACUUCUUUUUAUACCACAUGUUCCCUUGUUUUGUAGACGUGUUCAGAUCAUGAGGAGAUACACACUCCCUGAAUGAUGAACGCCGUAUAAGACAGACUCUCGCGAGUGUUAGCGUCACACACUUUUGAUUUAAAAACAGUAAAAACAUCCUUCACAGAAAGAUCCGGCUUUCAUAGACAACCGUGUCUGAGGUCGAGGACGUCUCGUUUUUGAAGCUCCCUCACAUUGGCAAUAAAAACAGCGGUCAAUACACAUACAUUCGUACAUUAAGCUCAUUUAAGGUCAUUGUUGUUCAGAAUAGCGUGAUACGUCAUCGCUCGCGUCACACUGUACGUCACUCCUUCUGUCGGGCUUUUGAGGAACGUUCCUGCGAUCCAAAGAUUAUCAGCGGAGAGAACGGAAAAGUGUCUUGCUUGUUUCAUUUACAAUAUAGAUUCUAUGACUCUGUACAUAAUUCCAAUAUUAAAUAAAGAGACUCGAGAGAUGAAA